AUGCCCCAACACGGAGUCUGUACGCAGGUCUCGCCCGAAUGUCCCGCCUCAGCGACAACCCUAGGCUACGCCCCUAAUCUGGGCGCAAACGUCUUCUUCACGGUAGCCUACGGAAUCUGUGCUCUAUUUACGAUUGCCAUUGCAGUAUGGAAGCGCACAUGGGCGUUUGGCUUCACGGCUGGAUCAGGAUUUAUACUUGAGAUGGUUGGAUACAUCGGUCGAAUUCUCCUGCAUUACAAUGCCUGGAAUCUGAGCGGCUUCAAAAUGGACCUGGUCUGCAUCAUCAUUGCACCCACCCUGAUCUGUGCCGGUAUAUAUCUUACGCUCAAACACGUUGCGCGCACCGUAGCACCAACCCAUUCACGCAUCACCCCACGCCUAUAUACCUGGAUCUUCAUCCCCUUUGACGUUUUCUGCCUGCUUCUCCAAGCUGCCGGUGGCGUCGUCGAUGCCGCAGCCGCAGAUUCGUCGACGAUGAACGAGUCCCUGCUGAAAACGGGCGACAAUAUCAUGAUAGCGGGCAUUGCAUUGCAAGUGGUGAAUUUGAUUGUAUUCGGGCUCUUUUCGCUGGAUUUCUGGGUUGCGUCGAGAAAGCAUUUCAAGGGUCUUGCGCAGAAGGAUUCUACUUCCGCUGAGGCUUCUGCGGAGGCUCGCAUUUGGUUUUCGCGACGGUUUCGUGUGUUUUGUGCGGCUGUUGCAUGUGCCUAUGCGGGCAUUUUGGUUAGAUGUGUCUAUCGUAUCGCCGAGAUGGCUGGUGGCUGGGGAAACCCAGUCAUGCAAAACGAGGUCCUCUUCUAUAUCCUUGAGGGAGCUAUGGUCGUCUAUCCUGCCAUCCUCCUUACAAUAUUCGCACCAGGCUUCUUCUUCCCCGAGAUGGGGACAAAGCCCGUUCAACAAUCUCCUACCGCUACUGAUGUUGAUGCCGGCGAUGUCGGAGAAGGAGAAGGAGAGGAAUAUAGAAUGAUGACUUCUGAGGAGCGGAUUAUGUCUUCAGAAUAA